AACCAGUAGUACAUUGUAACGAUCAUAUGGAUAGAUAAGCUUUUUAUACGUAUGAUCUCAAAUAUUUUACUCAUCUUCGAACAUGAAUGUGUGUAUGUUUUGAAUUUUUUAAUAAAUUUCUUAUAGUAUAUAUAGUAAUAAAAUAUACAUAUAUAUAUAUAUCUAUAUAAACACAUACAUAAUGGCUUAACAGGUUAGAGUAGGUCAUUCACAUACUUUGAAAGAUUUUUAAUUAGCUCUUAUAAAAUAACAAUAUUUGAAAGUAACAAUCAUAAUUCAAUAUGACGAAAAAUUAUUCGAAAGAAACAUCAAUUCCAUCGAAAUUAAAGGGUCCAAACGAUCACAAUGAAUUUUUGAAUCGAAUUACAAAGUCAUUGUAUUAUUUCGAAUUUCCGAUGACCGAUUGUCUCAGUUUGCCAGUUACUGAAAUGGCGGCGGAACUUUUUACUGGGGUGAAUCAUACAUUAGAACGAUUAGAUGUGGAAGAAGCAAGUAAAAUUUCUAGAAACGCCUGUGUUUCUCCUUGUUCCUUAAUCUUAGCAUUAUUGUACUUAGAAAAAUUAAAAGAUUGUAAUCCGGAAUAUCUUCAACAAGUGGCACCUUCUAAACUAUUUCUUGUUUCUUUAAUGGUAGCUACUAAAUUCUUGAACGAUGAUGGAGAAGAAGAUCAAGUUUUUAAUACAGAAUGGGCAUUGUCAAGCAAUUUAACCAUAUUGCAGAUAAAUCAAUUGGAAAAGGAGUUUUUAAAUGCUAUUGAUUGGUCUGUAUAUGUCCAAAAUCAAGAUUUUUGGAAAAGGCUACAAAAACUAGAAAAGGAUAUUGCUUAUAAAGAAGCUCAAAAACGAGGAUGGUUUUCUUACACAGAAUUAAGUUGUCUUAUGGAUUCCGUUCAACUACUAGCUCUUGUUUAUGAAUUUAUAAAUAUAUCAUCUGUAUGUUUAGUAGCAUAUACUAUUGGAGUAGUCACUAUUUUGGGAUCUGCUAUAGUUACAAGUCAUUUGCCUGGUACACAUCUUAGUUCAACGGUAUUAAGAAAUACUGAAAAUAUAACAAACAUAAGCAUAGAUACAGAGAUAAAGAAAGAAAGGAUAAAUCAAGAUAUUGAGAUACCUGAUAUAUUUACAACGAUGGAUUUUAUACAUGCUACAAAGUCUGAUAAAAUAUGUGAAAAAAAUGAAGUAGUAAGCAUAUCUUGGAAAUGUUGGAUACAUUCUAUGGCUACUUGGCUUCCUGAAGAUACAUAUUUGAAAUCUCAACCAAUGAACCAAUUACACUUUACAGAUUAUAUUACAUUUUCUACUAUAAGUAAAUUUAUACUCGAUACUAAUUCUUCUACGGAAUUAAUUCUACAAUGAAAAAGACUUUUAUUAGGAAUUUUUGGUUUAGAAAUAUUUUCCUAACAAGCAGUCGCAUAUAUUUUCUGUAAACAUUUAUGGAAAAAAAUUUUUUUCUACUUAAACUGCAGGUAAACUUUAGGUAAUUUACUUAGAAAUUUUAUAAAAGUUACAUAAAAAAAAUAUAUAUAUAUAUGUGUAUAUAUAUAUAUAUUUUAUAUCAAUUUACAUACAAUGUAUAAAUCUGAUUAUAAUAAAAAAUCUCUAUAAUAAAUAUACUUUAAUAAUAAUCUUGAAAUCAUAAUUUCAACAAUUUUGAUUUAUCUCAUGCCUUUUAAAAAUUAAGUAACUUCAAAGUGAAAAAAAUUAUUAUAAAAAUUAAGAAUCCAAUUUAUACAGUGUAAUUAUAAUUAUUGCAAAUAUUUAAUGUAUAAUCCAUUUUAGUAUCAGGUAGGACGUUAAGAUACGGAAUUGACAUUUGUGAUAUUUAUAGAUACAGUUUAAACAUAUGUCCAUUAAGAUUCGUAAAAUUGUUUUCCAUCGUUAAAAUGUGCUAAUAGUUUUAUAAAUAUUUUUCCAUGUGGUCGAAAAUGCAGUAGAGAGUACAUUGUAGAAUAAAUUUGUUUAUCUAUUGCAGAAAAA